AUGGUUUCACCAGAAAUAGCUCAGAAGUACAGCAGUAUUCGACCAACUACUCAAGGAAAUGGACUGGCAACGAACGGGAACUGA